CUACAAUCACGGAGAUAUUUCUCAACUUGAACUUGUAAAGUCGAUCGUGAUUCGUGAUCAAUUUCAUUACCAAAUGUAGAGAGUAUCCUCUGUGCAAGUACUCACUCAGCCAGGUUCGCCAUGUCUAGUUCGCCGACUAAAGAGAGCAUUAUUCCAAAGUUAGCCCCGCCAAACUCAACACCCCUCAAUGACCCGCCGUCUCCUCGUACACAUCGCGCUCUGCGACGAUUGCAGUCGGCCCAUACUCUGGGGCAAUCUUCUCAUCAGCCAUCACUGAUCACUCAACAACAUAAACAAGCUCUCCAACGGAACCUUUCCCCAGCGAACAAUCCUUCACUACCACCUCACAGCCGAGGAAGAUCGAACAGUGAUGCCACGAACAUGACACCUCCCAAUCCAGGAUCGGCAAGCCGACGGCCGGCAGCUGGAAAGAGACCCAUACUUGCGGAUGCGCUGUCACUAGAUCGACUCAUCAGGGACGGUCCUCCAGAUGGAGACCUGCUCAGCGCAUUGGAGAGCACGAGACUGAAGAUCUUAGACCAAGGAAUUAAGAGCGACACAGAUGGCAUGUCCUCACUCCGCAUCUACGUAUGGCUCAUUCUACUCAAUGCGCCUGUCCUCGAAACAGACUCCUACCUCGCGCUCAUCCACCGAGGAGCUUCGCCAGCAUACUCCAAGAUCCGAAACGAUACAUUCCGAACAUUGGCAACAGAUCCCCUCUUUCGAAGACGCGUCAGUGAAGCCAGUCUCAUCCGACUGCUCAAUGCGGUGGCUUGGAAAUUACAUGAUGCGAAGGAGGGGCGCGCAGAGAGUCUUGCAAACGCUGGGAAGAUUACACAUACCGCAAAUGAGCACGGUAGCCCUGAAUUGCAAACCUCGACGCCAGCUAUGAAGUCAAGAGCGCGGGCUUUGACUUUGACCACAGAGGGAUCAGAUGCUGGAGCUUCGGAACCUGGCACAUAUGUUCAAGGCAUGAACGUGCUGGCAGCACCGUUUCUUUAUGCUGCACGAAGCGAAGCCGAAGCAUUUGUUGCCUUCCACCGGUUCAUCACAUAUGAAUGCCCUGGCUAUGUUCGUGGUGCUAUGGAUGGGGUACACAAAGGUCUUGCGCUGGUGGACAAAGUACUGGCAAUUGUCGACCCAAAGCUCAGUCUUUACCUGAUUGGCAAGGGAAUGAAUGCGGAGCUAUAUGCUUUCCCAUCAGUUCUCACUCUGUGUGCAUGCACACCUCCCUUGCCGGAAGUUCUACGUCUUUGGGACUUUCUGUUUGCUUACGGCGCACAUCUCAACAUCUUGUGCAUUGUAGCACAGUUGGUAAUCCUCAGGAACUCGAUAUUGAGCUCUCCAAGUCCUACAAAGAUCCUUCGAUCCUUCCCACCAUUACAAGCUGAAAUGGUUAAGGAGGUAGCAUUGACACUCAUCAGAAAGAUCCCAGAUGAUGUGUACGCAGAGAUCGUAUCUCAUGCAAAAUAAGGUUUAUUGGGGUAUUGCUUAGGCGUUCAAGGACUGCAUUUCUGGGUGUUGGUGAUACAAAAGUGGUAUGGUUACCAGAUGAUGUAUUAUGGGAUAAACUUUUGCAUGGGAAAGAACAGUGUACUUCGUACUCAUAUUUGUAUUACUGACGACACGAAUCAUGAUUUGCUAUCGUUCAAAAUCAGAGCACAUGCUGCGGUUCCAC